UUUAUUAGUUGAGAUAUAACUAAAACACAUAAGCUUGUCAACUUAUGGAAACACAUUAAUCUAUAUAACUCUCACAUCUAACCCACCUUUCCCACCAAAUAUCUACUGGCCCCAGAUUCAAGUGCCAGAUAUGUGGGCAACGGGACAUGCAAAAAGUUUCCAUGAAAUAAUGUGGAUUGACUGUUAUUUGGUUGGUUGGAAAGUGCAUGAUAGACCGUUAUUUCAGCUACAUGAUCUGCCUAACAACCUUGAUAACUUUGUCUAUUUAUAGACCAAUGAAAUGCACCACCCAAAUUUAGAAAUCUUUGCUUUGAAACAUCAAAAUCUCCUUCCUCAGACAUAAAAUCUCACAAACAAAAAAGGUCAUGAUCUCGGUUCGGUUCAUCCCUCCAAGGUCAUGAUCUUUCAUCUCACCAACCUGUAGGCACUUGAUUUCAUUUCAUUUUAGACCCAUUUCAAUUUCAACAAUAUAGAUUAAAAAAGAAAGAAAGAAAGAAAAGAUAAACAUUAUUGUCAGUAUAAUUUCAUUUCUGUGUGUUUGGAUCCAAUGGCGAAGCGGUCAUUUACACGUUUUGUCGAACAAGAGCUGGGAAAAUUCCCACACUUCGUGGUCUGUGCUGUGCUCGAAUGGGUGUUAAUAGUUCUGCUAUUCAUUUAUGGAUUUCUUGUAUUUGUUGCAAAUGAAUUCGCCAAGCACUUUGAAUUGCCAAUGCCUUGCUUGCUUUGCACGAGAAUCGAUCAUCUGCUUGUGAAUAGAAAACCUGAUUCAUACUACAACGAUUCAAUAUGUGAAGGUCACAAGAAGGAGCUUUCAUAUUUGGCAUAUUGCCACGACCACAACAGACUGUCUGAUAUAAGAAAGAUGUGUGAAGGGUGCCUUUUUUCAUUUGCAACUGGGCAGCAAUCUGAUCGCGAUACGUAUAAGUCUCUAGUUGGGAUUUUGCAUAAGGAUCUUGAGGGCUUUGUUGAGGAUAUUAACCCAAUUCAUCUCAAUUUGCCUGCAGUAAAGGAGGAUGAUACUUUGGAGGUUGAGAAGAAUAGCAUUAAUCGUUGCUCUUGUUGUGGUGAGCCAUUGAAGGAGAAAUCAUCGUAUUCAAAAGGAAAAGGUGCUGGUGCAUAUUCACAAGCUCCUGCUCCUUCACCUCGAGCAUCGUUUGUGACAUUGAGAAAUGAGGAAUCUCGCAAUUUGGAUUUGCCUCACAUCCGAUACAAAGAACUCAAAUUUAUGUCUGGCAAUGACUCAGCUUCGGAGGAUGAGGAUGGCCUUAGUGCAACUAAUUCUGAUAUUCUAUUUCCAGUUAGGGAAGAUGUCAAAGCUGCUACGGUGCCAUUAUUGACAGAAACUGUGGAUUUGAAUGAUGAUGCCUCAAAGACUCCUAACUUUGAUAGAGGGAACAAGUUUUUUGGGAUCUCGCUAACAGAUUCACCUAUUAAUAGUCCUAGGUGGGCUCCUAAGAUUACAAGGAAAUCGUCACUUUCAAAAUUAGCAUUUGCUUCGGAGUCUGUUGAGGGGAAACUGCCAAAUGAAGCUGAAAGUGAUUCCAUUUUGCAUUAUUUGACGAAACAGGUUCACUUGGAUCGCAAAUCACUGGUGGCUUUGUACAUGGAACUGGAUGAAGAAAGAAAUGCUUCAGCUGUUGCAGCUAACAAUGCAAUGGCCAUGAUUACCCGGUUACAAGCAGAAAAGGCAGCUGUUCAGAUGGAAGCCUUGCAGUAUCAGAGAAUGAUGGAGGAGCAGGCAGAGUAUGAAGAAGAAGCCCUAGGAUUAACAAAUGAGUUGCUUACCAAGAGAGAGGAAGAGAUCAGGAUUUUAGAGGCCGAACUUGAGGCAUAUAGACAAAAAUAUGGAUGUUUAAGUGAAGAUGAUUUCAGGCGAAGUGAAAUUGAGGCUGCUGAGGAUUACCGAGAGGAUACAUCUUACUCACCUGAUGGUGCAAAAUCUGAAAGUGACAGCUUUAAUGUUGGUGUCAAUGAAGGGGAUAUUAAUGGAGAAAAUAGGCACAAUAAUUAUCUAGCCUUGUCAACUCAGGAGGCAAAUGGAGGGGGUACCCUAAAUGCAGUAUUGAAAGAUUUUAAAGCGGAGAGAACCAAUUCUCUGGGACGGUUAAAAAAACCAGACAGGAUAAAGCACUUGUCAUCAGAAAGAAUUCAUUUGUCACAGUCUGGCAGUGAUGGAAUUGAGCAUACAAAUGAUAAGACAGGAAAGCAAAGGAAAUCUACCCUAACAAGAGAAUUAUCUCUUCUUAGUAACAGGGUGAAGGCCCUUAAAGCGGAUGGUGGAUUCAUAGAGAAUGCUGCUCAGAAACUUGGAAAAGAGAGUGAAGGAACAAAACUUUUGACAGAGAUUUAUCAAAAUCUGCGGAAGCUUCGUCAGAUUGUGAUAAUGCCCCCUGAGGAGAAUGAUGCAUGAUUGUCAUCGUAAUCUUUUUUAUGGUGAAAGCAUUGACAUUGCACUGUCAUUGGUGUCACCAGCAAUUUUUCACCUGAAUGCAAUCUACAGCUUUGAUCUAGUGGGAAUCAACUUGAUUGGGUUGGCAGAAAAUGGUUGCCGUGCUUUAAGGUUAUAUAUCAUGCACCACCUGGAAAUCAAAUGAUGAAACUAUAAUCAGCUGUAAAUUAUGUUGACUAAUCCAAUUAGGAGAGACAAAGAUCUUCAUAGCUGAUGAGUGAAUCCCAAAAUGAUGAGAGCUUGAGCGCUUUCUGAACCUACAUAAAAUUUGAAUCGCUCAAAUUAUAAUUGUUUCUUCCAUCAGAGUUGUUGCUUCAUGUAAGGAUCCAAAUCUUUUGGUUUAGGGUAAAUGUUUUCAUUAGGAACGGGACUAAUGCUUAAUGUUAUCUUGCAACAUCGUUAUGGACUAUUAAUGCUUUUGAACAUUUUGCUCA